AUGGAGAGGAUCAGACCUCCAACCAUAGCUUCCCAGAGGAAGAGGCAGAGGGGAAUGUAUUCCCCCAAACUUUCCUGUGAUUAUGAAAUAAAAUUCAAUAAGCUUGUCAUUUUCAUUGUGCAGAGGAAGAUGGGGAUGACCAGAAGGACGUUUUUGAUGGAGCUGGCAAGAAGCAAAGGUUUCAGAGUAGCGAGUGAGCUAAGUGACUCUGUCACUCAUAUUGUGGCUGAGAAUAACUCUUACCCAGAGGUGCUGGACUGGCUGAAGGGACAGGCUGUGGGUGACAGCUCCAGAUUUGAAAUACUGGAUGUUUCCUGGCUCACAGCCUGCAUGGAAAUGGGAAGACCAGUUGAUUUGGAAAUGAAGUAUCGCCUUGUGGAACAAGCAGAGCAAUAUCCUACUCUGAAAAGACCUGAAUCGGAAGUGUCAUCAUUUACUGCAAGCAAAGUAUCGCAGUACUCAUGUCAAAGAAAGACAACCUUAAAUAACUGCAACAAGAAAUUCACAGAUGCCUUUGAAAUAAUGGCUGAAAAUUAUGAAUUCAAAGAAAAUGAAAUAUUCUGCCUGGAAUUUCUGAGAGCAGCUUCUGUGCUGAAAUCUCUUCCAUUUCCAGUAACCAGCAUGAAAGAUAUACAGGGGUUGCCCUGCAUGGGAGACAGAGUCAGAGACGUUAUUGAGGAGAUUAUUGAAGAAGGAGAGAGUUCUAGAGCUAAAGAUGUACUAAAUGAUGAACGAUAUAAGUCAUUUAAGCAAUUUACUUCAGUCUUUGGAGUGGGAGUGAAGACAUCAGAGAAAUGGUUCAGAAUGGGAUUACGAACUGUGGAAGAGGUAAAAGCUGACAAGACCCUGAAGCUGUCAAAAAUGCAGAGAGCAGGGUUUCUCUACUAUGAGGACCUUGUUAGCUGUGUAUCUAAGGCAGAAGCAGAUGCAGUAAGCUUGAUUGUCAAGAAUACUGUCUGUACGUUUCUACCAGAUGCUUUGGUUACCAUAACUGGUGGUUUCAGAAGGGGCAAGAAGAUUGGGCAUGAUAUUGAUUUUUUGAUCACCAAUCCAGGACAGAGGGAAGAUGAUGAACUUCUGCAUAAAGUUGUUAACUUAUGGAAAAAGCAGGGCUUACUUCUAUAUUGUGAUAUAAUUGAAUCAACAUUUGUUAAGGAACAGAUCCCAAGCAAGCAUGUUGAUGCCAUGGAUAAUUUUCAGAAGUGUUUUGCAAUUUUAAAAUUAUACCAGCCAAGAGUAGACAACAGCAGUUACAACAUGUCAAAAAAAUGUGACGUGGCAGAAGUCAAAGACUGGAAGGCAAUCCGUGUGGAUCUGGUCAUAACCCCCUUUGAGCAAUAUGCAUAUGCUCUGUUAGGCUGGACUGGCUCCAGGCAAUUUGGACGGGAUUUGCGGAGGUAUGCUACUCAUGAAAGGAAGAUGAUGUUGGAUAACCAUGCCUUAUAUGAUAAGAGAAAGAGGGUCUUUCUCAAAGCUGGAAGUGAGGAAGAAAUCUUUGCACAUCUUGGCUUGGAUUAUGUCGAACCAUGGGAAAGGAAUGCUUAAAAUGAUUUGACAAUGUACAUUCAUCAGUUGACAGCAGUGAUUCUUCUAACUGUCUUGCAGUCUGGUAGAUGUAUCUCCGUGACAACUAAAAUUUAAGAAAAAUAUUUUUUAAAAGCCCUUAUACACGUUGAUGUUCCUAGAAAAUUUGAGUUCUUCAGAAUC